GCGGCGCGGGAGCCCGGCGCCCCCGACGACGAGCUCGCGGGCCGGAGGGCGGCCGACGCGAGCGGCGACAGGGGCGGCGCCGCCGGCACCCCCGACUACGGGGAGAAGCGGCUGCCACAGGCGCUCAUCAUCGGGGUGAAGAAAGGGGGGACCCGCGCGCUGCUGGAGGCGAUCCGCGCGCACCCGGACGUGCGGGCCGUGGGCGUGGAGCCGCACUUCUUCGACAGGAACUACGACAAGGGGCUGGACUGGUACAGAAAUGUGAUGCCCAAGACCGUGGACGGGCAGAUCACCAUGGAGAAGACGCCCAGCUACUUCGUGACCAACGAGGCCCCCCAGCGCAUCCACUCCAUGUCCCGCGACACCAAGCUGAUCGUGGUGGUGCGCGACCCGGUGACGCGCGCCAUCUCCGACUACACGCAGACGCUGUCCAAGAAGCCGGACAUCCCCACCUUCGAGGUGCUGGCCUUCAAAAACCGGACCCUGGGGCUGAUCGACGCGUCCUGGAGCGCCAUCCGCAUCGGCAUCUACGCGCUGCACCUGCAGAGCUGGCUGCGCUACUUCCGCCUGGCGCAGAUCCACCUGGUCAGCGGCGAGCGGCUCAUCGUGGACCCCGCGGGAGAGAUGGCCAAAGUGCAGGACUUCCUGGGCCUCACGCGCGUCGUGACCGAGAAGCACUUCUACUUCAACAAGACCAAGGGGUUCCCGUGCCUCAAGAAGCCGGAAGACAGCAGCGCCCCCCGGUGCCUGGGCAAGAGCAAGGGCCGGACUCACCCCCUCAUCGACCCGGAGGUGAUCCUCAGGCUGCGGAAGUUCUACAAGCCCUUCAACAUGAUGUUCUACCAGAUGACUGGCCAGGACUUCCAGUGGGAGCAGGAAGAGGGUGACAAAUGAGGCUGGAGAUGUGAGGGAAGGCCAGAGGGUAGCCAAGGGGACCCCCACCGGAGCCCUGAACCCCCAGGGUCUGCAGCCUCCGCCUGGCUGGAGUGCCCAGUCAUCUCCACCUCUGUCCAGUCAGGGCUGCUUCCAGGGCUGUGGCCAAGGGGUGGGUCCCAGGGGCCCUCCCGGAGGAACCCGGUUGCCUGGGCAGCAGCAUCUGGUUGACCAGAUGACCACCAGAACCCAGGGCUGACGCUUGUCUUCUACUACUAGUUACCAGAGUCUGAAGGCAGGAUUAAAUAGCUGUGGAGGUCAGAAACCAUGCCGUGAAUGUUUGUUUAAGUGAAAACAGAGGAAGUAAGGCCUACUUUUGGGGGCUUUCAUUUCGCUUUGGGAAGCCCGGCUCCCAGCCCUGUAUCUGGCCCAGGCCCCUGUCCAGAAUGCUCACUGUGGCCGAGCACUCCGGGACUCAUGGGGGCAGGGUCCUCGCUCUGAGGCGUCUCCAGCCUUUCUUAAAGGCCUCAUCCCACAACCUUUGACCCCCACCCUUCUCAUCUUAUGAAGGGAGGGGCAUGCACGUUCCUCACCAAAAAAAGCAGACACCCCCCCACCCCCCACCCCGGAAGCCUUCCUGUUAAGGAGGGUUGGGCCUUUCUCUUCGUGAGCAACCUGGGAGGUGGAGAAGGGAGCGGCCGCCCUCGUGUCAGGGUCAGGCUCCCAGGGCUGCCCACGGAGCACCGUGACGGCAGCUGGGCUCAGAGCCCUGAGCUUGGGGAAGGUGAAUGCCAGUUCUGGGAGCCAAAAAAGAAAGCCAGUCCUCUUGCGGGGAGGCCUCCAUACCUGCAGACCCUCUCCCCCAGCGUCGUGGUUCUGAGACUUGCUCUUGGGGUGGGCUCUGUCCCUUAGGGUCCCCAGAGGGGCAAGGACCAGAAAGUUGGCAUGUCUUUGGUUAAGACUAACCCUUAGCAACACAAUGAACGGGUUGGUCGCCAUUCUUCUAUUUGCUCCACCGUCUCCCCCUUGUGGUCAUCACAUGCUUCGUUUGCUCUACUCAGAGAUGGCACGUAUUAGGGCAGUGACAAGAAGGCUGACACCACUUGUCAGAUCCAGCUUAUGGGGGUGGGGGAAGGCAAGGGCUGUGUGUGGACACCCCCAUCAAGGGCUGCUGGCUGAAGUGUCCCUUCCCGUUAGUUUGAUUCGAUUGAAAUGCAGCAUUUGACAUAAAGCACUUCUUCACAGAUCUCCAAAACCAGGAGUCGCCUCGUAACAUUGGGAAUAGGAGUGGGGGGCAGCUAACUGUUCAGCUGUUAACCUGUCAUUUCUCCUGCUAAAUGAAAACUGUGUUGUUAUAAAGCUUAAUGCAACCUGA